AUGACUGUGCGGCACAGUUUGACCGCGUGCUGCCCUCCUUCUUUGCGCGGCCGCUUGGCGAGUUUGCUUUGCCUGGUUUUUCUGGUCAUUCCUUUGACCCAUCCAAACUCCUCGAUCUUGUCUUGGAGCACCGCUCUCACCAUUCGUUUUUCUCGCGGACGAAGCAGUCCACUCUUCUCAACUCAUGGCUUUAGGACACCAGCCGCAGACCGCCAUGCCGCGGCGACCUUUCUGCCGCCGUCCACCUCGACGGCGCCUGACAACUUUUCUCGUGUGCGCGAGCGCCUGUUGCAUUACCGCGCGCCAUGGCGACAUGCUGGAUCUUUGAUGCGUUCCCGCCGGCUCCUCCUCCGGAGCGUCACGGGUUACAACCGUUUCCCAGGAGACGGGCCGGCCCCCUGGACUUCUAGGCCAACUCGGGCUGCGAACUGGCAGCUGCCAGUUGCCUGGGCGAUUUGGCCAUGCGUCGAAACCUCUUCCUUGUUUUUCCCGUGGCACGGACUGUGUCAGCCGCCCGUGUCGGCAAGUGUACGUACACCUGGAGGCCGGCCGCCCUCAGGCGGGAAGGCGUGGGCACACGCGAAACUGACUCCACUCAAGCAGGGAAUCGCUCGAGAACAAAGAGACAAAGAGUGGACUGAGCUAUCCUUCUUCCGUGGAUCCGCCCAUCCGGCGAAGGGAGGGAGUUACGCAUUCUUCCUUUCCUCCUUGCAGAGCUUUUGCUCCCCUGAGCGCGGUGUGCGAUCAGCAAUUUGCUGCCCCCAUCGCCCGCAGGCCAAUCAUGGAGUGGGAUGGAGACGUGCUGCAUGCGUCGCUCCAACUGGUGCGCUGAGGUGGCGCAAGUCGUCUAAUUACGAGGAGAAGGACACAAGCGGAGACGCGACCUCCAUGAAGCUGGAGGCUGAGAUGCAGGCAGAAGCGUGCGCCUCUCCACCACUCGACCGGUGGCAGGCUUCCAGGGGCUUGGACGAAGCCAUCCGCCUGCACUGGCUAGGGCUGAGACAGAUGCAGCACGACGCCCAGCGCAGAGGAAAGCAACUCCUCGUUCUCGGCAUUGAAACGUCCUGCGACGACACAUGUGUCGGCAUUAUCGAAGGAGCAAGCGGGGCGGUCCUAUCGAACGUCUGCGCCGCACAACCCGAGCUCCUCAUCAAGUAUGGCGGCGUCCACCCCUCGGAGGCCGCGGCGACACACCGACGACGGAUCCGCUCAGUUGUGAGGAAAGCUCUCCGAGACGCUGGGGUCUCGCUCUUAGACAUCGACGUGCUGGCUUUCACGCGCGGCCCGGGGCUCGUUCCCUGUCUCUCUGUGGGCGCGGCGGCGGCAGUGGAGAUCGCCGCCGAGCUGGAGGCAGCGUGGAGAGAUGCAGCGGAGCAACUGAGAGGAGAUUCUCCGCGGGGUUCGCCUUUAUCGCGGAAGCGGGCGUCUGAGGCGCCGGCCUCGCCUCAGAGCGGUAGCCCUUCUCGGAAGGUUCACGACCAGUGGAACGGUUCCGCUACGCAGACACUCUCCACCGACGGCUGCGACUCAACCAACCGCAGGGUUCAAAGCGUGUUUACGCAGGGGGGCAAUGAGGGCACGAGUGCGGAGUCGCGCGAUUCAGAAGGUGCGAGGGGAGGGGAACCGCGACACACGCAGAACACAGACGAGUUUCGCUGGCUUUCCAAGGAGGAACACGCCGACGUUUUCCGGCGGCUGUCGUCGACGUCCUUGGAGCCAGAGAACUCAGGAGGGAACGCCUCGGCGCCGCGCCCCGGCCCGCCUAUCGUGUUGGCUGUAAACCAUCUCCAUGGCCAUCUUUUCUCUGCGGGGAGAGAGCCGCCGAGAGACGCAGGCAGUGUCUGCGGCGAGCGACAGGGGGAAUCGCAAGGUCGAGGUCAUGCAAGCAGGAGCCAGUUUCUCGCGCUGCUGGUCUCCGGAGGCCACACCUUUUCUUGCAUCGUCAAACCCUGCGACCACAAUCACCUUCACCUUCGGCCGAAAGUCUUUCGCGUCCCAGUGGAAGUUCUGGGGCCCAAGGCGCCUGCGGGAGAGAGACGGGGAGACGUCGGAAACAGCCAGACCCUGUGUGAAGCGAAACGCCGUGAAGAAACCAGCGAGGCCGCGCAGGACGGCAUGGAACGCCCCGAGGAAGGCCCACGCGAGAGCCUCAAAGGCCAGUCGACACCGCCGGUUUGCCGAGAGCCUCAAGAUCACGGAGAUCCAGAAGGCGGUCCACUCAGAGACGACGACGAGACGAAACAAGCAAGCGCCGAAGGCGUGCAUGGAGACGUCUUACAGAAAGGUGGCUCUACCGGAAAGGACGGCGCCGCGUGCGGGCGAACCGGGGCACUUCUGGAGGUACGAAACAGUCGGCGCUACGUGCAAGCGGAGGUUUGGGGGACUUGGGAUGACGCCCCCGGGUACAACCCCGACGGCUGCGUCAGCGGCCUGCAUUGCGUCUACACAGGGCAAACGGAGGACGACGCCAUUGGCGAGGCCAUUGACAAGUGCAUGCGCUGCCUCAUGACCGGCACCUCCUCAGUCUCUCACGUCGCGUCGUCCAGCCCUCCUGGGCCUCCCUCUCCGCAACCAGAGUGUGCGUCCUCGGGGCCUGCCUCUCGCACACAGAGUUCUCUCGGCCGUGCGCCGGCGGCCUCGCGCCGUUCGUCUCCGUCAGCACCCUUCUUUCUUUCUCAGCAACACGGGGACAGCGGCAACCUGGCUCCGCAAGAGGAGGAGUUAGACAAGGAGGAGGGCGGCGGGAGCUCUCAAGACGGAGCUCGCGCGCCUGGAGGAAGUUCCGGCAGCACAGAGGGUCUAUCCGGGCGCGCAGCCGCCAUGCAAGGUCGCCACGGAGGCGCGCUGAUGGAGGACUUGGCCGCUGGCGGAAAUGCGAAUGCGGUUCCGCUCCCGAGCAUGUUGACGCUCAAGCCGAAGACCCUGAACUUCAGUUUCUCAGGGAUGAAGUCCGCCUUCGCCGCAGCUGUUGCUAAGGCAGAUGGCCAACUAGGAGACGUGGACACAAGACGUGAUUUUGCUGCGUCUUUGCAGUCGGCAGUUUUCAAACAUUUGGAGGACCAGCUUAGAAAGACCAUGUGGCUUUGCGAAUUCGUGAAAGACUUCCCCCGAGAGCUGGCUGUCGUUGGAGGCGUUUCCUGCAACGACUUCCUUCGGCGGCGCCUCCACGAGCUCUGCAAGUCUCGCGGCGAUGCCUCGGUGCACGAGCUGGAAUUCAAGCGCCUGAAGAACCGGCUAAAGGUCCUCGCGCGUCGUCUUCCAGAGUCUCUGCUCUCUGAGGCAUCUUCACUAGGUCACCACGCUUCCACCCUCGCCAGCUCCCGUGACCAGGCCUCGCCGCUCGCCGCAGACGGAAACUACGAGCCCACCUCUCCGGCUGAAGGUCGCGACCCGCCGGCAUCCCCGCUGCACGCGUCCCUAAAGAAUAAGCCUUCACAUAGGAGUCUGACUCCUUGCAAAAACGUAGCUCCUUUGGCGGAGCGAGAGCAGACCCUUCUUGCAGAGGGCCUCACACACCACGCACACGAGAUGGUGACAAAAAAAGACGAGCGCCAACACGGUGACAUGCACGCAGAAGCGUUUGCGACAGACAGGAAUGGGGUGCCUGCGGCGGAGCCCCCUGCUAGCGAGGGCCCUCGACAGAAGCUAGACAGGAAGCUGCGUGCGUUUUCGUUCAGCCAUUAUUGCCGCCUGCGGGUAGAUUUGAGAGCUCUUGUCUUGGCGUUAAGCCGCGAAGUCUUUCCCUCUCCGAACGAGGGUUGCCAGCAGCCGAUAUUUUGCCUCGCUCCCUCGCCGGCGGCCGCGUCUGACGCUAAGUUACCAUGCACGGAGUCGCGGGCGCCGGGGCGGCUGACCGCCGAAAAGGAAUCCGGUACACACGCGACUGGCACGACGUCUCAGCUAGGUAGUGCCGUAGACAGCGGCUGCGGGCGGAUGGAAGGGAGUGGAAGUGAAGUUGGGGGUAGUAGAGUAGGCGUGUGGAACCUUUUUUCAGCACCAAAGUCGCUCUGCAACGACAACGGUGUCAUGAUCGCCUGGGCAGCCUUGAGUGCGAUGCAACGCAUGGACGCCGCCACAGGCUGGCCGCCGGCGUGUGAUUCGCGCUCGUCUGCGGGUGGAACCAAUUCAGGAGAAGAGGAGGUCACGUCUACAACUCGUUCAAGAAACGGCACUUCCGCCAAUGAAGGGUUGUUAGCGCAUCGAGAGACACACGUCCUGCAGGCGGAAGGCGACAACAUGAAGGAAACCUCGAGAGAUGCGGCGGCUGUGCGCACUAUGCAGGAAGGACGUACACGAACGGAGGGAGAAGCAUGGGAGUUAAACGAAACGUGGAAAAGCAAGUUGACGUUAAGCGAGGGAGAUCUCCAUGCACCACCCAAACCCAGUGAAGCAGCACUGCAGGGAAAAGAUAAGGAACUCGUGACACCCAAGUGGCUUGGGGGGACUUCACUGUGUGCGGAUGACAUUCUCGCCAAAGUCGAGAUGCUCAUUCUCGAAUGGCUGGUUACGAGCGAUUCGUCGCUAUUUUGA